AUGUCUUCGUUGAAGAAUUAUCUUUGUAAUUUAAUUUUUUUUGCGCCCGCUCCUGAUAGUAAUGAAAGAGAAGAUGAACAACAACGUCUUAGUAAUAUUAUUGCUACUCGAGUUUAUCUUAUUGUUCUUCUAAUAAGUUUAAUUUCAAUUGGUAUAUUUCUAUGGAUAAGUCCUUAUAUGACGACAGUUACAUUGGAAUAUUUAACAAAAGAACAAUUAAAAAGCCUUCCAAUUGGUAUACAAUGUCCUUGUUCUCGUAUAUCAAUAUCAUAUGGUGAAUUUACAUCAUUAGAUCCGAAUUAUCAUCAAAUAUGUUCAAGUGAUUUUAUUAAUGAUCGAUGGAUCAAUGCAAUCUUUACUGGUUCAAAUGUAACUUAUUUUAAUAUAAGAGAUUUUCGAAGUUUUUCUAGUGCUCAAUUUCAAGCAUUAGCUGCAUUUUGUCAUUUAUCAAAAUCUUAUGUACAACAGAGUAUUGAUACAUUUAAUCAAAGUACAUUUAGUAGUUUAUCAGUUUUAUCUGAAUAUGAUCUUCAAAUACAAACUCAAUCAAUUAUUUAUCAAACUCAACAAAUAGUUCCUCAAACUUUUACAAAUCAAUUAGAUUUAAUAAUUCGAAUGACAACAGGAAAUAAAAUUGUAUCGCGAUUACUAACAAAUUAUAUUAUAUCAUAUUAUAAUGGGUGA